AAACAGUCGAGCGCCGUUGCCAAGGACGCCUGGUCCAGCGAGCUCAGCGGACGUAUCCACACCUACGGCGACACCGCCAACAAGUUCAUCGACACACUCCUCCCUUGCUCCAUGCCCUACACGCCAGAUGGCAACAUACAGAAUGUGUUCGACGCCUACGCCCCCGGGCCAGGGAGAGAGAGACUGGAAUAUAACAACCUGGUAAAGGGACUCUCAAAGCUCGUCAAGCCCUUCCCAGCUGAAACGAGGCCCGAAUUUGUCAACACAUACAAGCAACAACUGAAGUUCCCCUACAGAGAUUUCGUCACCCAUCAUCACCCUACGGCGCCCGACAUUUCAGUCUCGUUCCCAGGAAAGCCUUUGAGCAGACCCUCGUCAUGGCGAUCCAUCUCUACGGUCAUCGAGAGCAAGAGCGAGGCCACCCAUGACCCGUUCAUCCGGGACGGGCAGUCGCACACCGAGACGAUCGAGCAGCUCGCGAAGAACGCGCGAAAUCUCAUGCUUACUCACGGACUGCUCGCGGCAUUCGUCGUCGGCAUUUACGGGAACACCGUCCGCCUCGUACGCUUCGACCACACAUGCGCGCUCGUCUCCAUGCCGUUCAACAUCAAGAAGGACGGUCCAAGGCUGCUGCAGAAGUUCUAUUGGCACUUCACCCACCCCGUCGUCGGCGCGCACAUUGUCGGAAACGACCCAACGGUGAUGAGCUUCACCAGUGCAGAUGAAGAAUGGGUGAGGAGCGAGCUAAAGAAGGCACGGGUAUUGCAUUGGCAGGUGCGCGUCGCCGAGAUCUCCAAAGGACGACGCGUUGAGGUCUACGACGAAGCGACUGGUCGCUGCAUUCCCUACCUGCUCUACCAGGUGGUCGAUGUGAACGGACGGUUGUUCUCACGUUCGACGAUGGUCUGGAGGGCAAUCGAGGACACCCGCAUCUGGAAGAACGGCCAGCUGGAACCAGAUCCUUCGUGCAUUACUCCUGUCAAACCACGGAUCAUGAAGGAAGCGUGGAGACAGCUAGUCCGGACGGCGGAAGCGAAGUUCUACCAACGGUUGCAGCGCGAUAUCGAUGAAGAGGACUGGCAUGGCCUCGCCACCAUGGUGUGUGGCGGCGAUCUUGGUGACAUCGACUCUCCAGGCGAUUAUGUUCCGAGCACGGACUUUCCGCUCCCACAUACACAGCACCAGACGUAUUCUUGGCGACUCAUCUUCAACGACAAGAAGAGGAAGAAAGAAGAGACCGAGGAGCUUUGGCAUCGGGAGCGCAGCCAUAUGCGCAUAGUGAUCGACGACGUAGGACGGCCACUCACAGCGUUCAAGUCCACUCGCGAGCUUGUCUGCGCCGUACGUGAUGCCAUUCGGGGUCAUCAGCUAGCAUGGGAGAAGGCGCGCGUUUUGCAUCGCGACGUCAGCGUCGGGAAUAUCCUGAUCGCAGACGAGCUGCGACCCGGACAGCCUGAGCCUAAGAAGAAGCAAACUGGGUUUCUGCAUGAUUACGACUACAGCGCGAUGGAAGCCGACCCUUCUGAGGCGGACGAUGAUGCUUCUGCCCCCUUAUCUUCGUCCUCUCCACAGUCCGAUGGAAACCAUACCGAGACGACUGAUCCUGAUGAUCCCGCUCAAUUCAAGGAACGCACGGGGACCUAUUACUUCAUGGCGUGCGAACUCCUCGAGGUUCCAGGAAUUAUCCACAGGGCCCACCACGACCUGGAAUCGUUUUACUGGGUCUUACUAUGGGUUAUUGUCCGCCACACGAACCAUGGUGAUUCGAAUGGCAAAGCACUGUGCAAACUGAUAUUCCAGUUUGGGAACGACAAACUCAGUGCGCGCGCGAAGAAGGGGUGGGUCGACAGCCCGGAGGCGAAGCUCAAUAUUGUGCGCAACAAGCCACUGUCCCACCUCAUCGCAGGCUUCAACAAGCUUGUUCUUUACCACCUUCCUACGGAGCGCGAUGAUACCAUCCGACGGCCCCUCGACUAUGAGUCUGUGUUGAAGGUCUUCGACGAGGCUAUUGCAAUGCCGGGCUGGCCUGACAACGAC